AUGCCUAAUCUUUAUGGGGUCAUGGUGUUGUUAGUUGUGGAAAUUCUUAUGGUGAAAGUGCAUGUGGGUAUGGCGGUAGACUGCAAUAUCGUAAAACUACUACCAUGCUAUCCAUUUAUUCAAGAUCCGACGUUACCAGCACCUUCUCCGGAUUCAGAAUGUUGCAACAAUCUCCACAUGGAAGAACAUUGCCUAUGUGACUUUGCGAAGAAUCCAAUCGUUGGACCGUAUCUGGACAAUCCUGGUAUUAAAAAAGUGGCAAAUGCUUGUAGUGUUACCAUCCCCGACCCAAAAACGUGUCAUUAA